UUCAAACUUUGAGCAUGAGCGAGCUUUCGCAAGAUAUACAUGACUUUAAAAUUGUUCAAAAUCGGCUUGCGAAAACCUCUAAUCCAAAUAAGUCUAGCAGUUUCUCUUCCAAUUCUUUCCCUGUGCUUUCUUUGUUAACAUAUCUUCUUUCCUUUCUUUUCUAUUUUUAAUGACUCAAAUAAAAUAAAAGUAGACCUUUUUGAAGCAGCAAAGAACCUGCUGUUUGCCUGUUUGCCUGUUUGCCUUUGCGUGAGGGUGAGUAUUAAUUCGAUGCCAAAGCAUGUGAGAAAACCUUAGCAAAAAAGCAGUAAAGAAAAGCAAGAGAAAAAAGAAUAAUAAUAUAUGAAGAAAGCAGGAAACUUAUGUGUAUAUAAUACCAACAAACCAGGAACUCUUAUAUUCAUCCGCAAGGUUUUGAUCAAAAGAUAUAAAACAAAGGAGAGAAACAAAAGGCUAGUAGUAAAAUAUGGAUUCGAAGCCAAAUCCUGUUUAUGAAGAUCUUGAGGUUCACACUGAAUGGGUUCACGAGGCUGCAGAUGACACUUUGAUUGCAUAUCUACCAGGCUUUAGCAAGGAGCAACUCAAAGUUCAAGUAACCACAGACGGGAAGUUGAGGAUAUCUGGAGAACGUCCACUUGAAGGCAACAAAUUCGGCCGUUUCUCCAAGGAAAUUCUUAUUCCAUCAAAUUGUGACCGUGAUAGAAUCAGAGCUAAUUUCAGGGGUGGUAUGCUCAAUGUUAAACACCCCAAAUUGACCAUCGCGACUGAUGAGAAGCAGGAACAAGCAAAACCAUCUGCUGAAGUUCCCAAGUCUGAUCAAAAGCCAGUUGCUCCAAUUCCUCAAAGGCCUGCAGAUGUGCCACAGAAACAAAAUAGUGGUCCAGAAAAGGCUGUUCAAGAAGUUCCUCCGAAGACCAUCAUGGAAAAACAAACAGCUGAGAAGACAGAUGGGGUAGCAAAGGAGGCUGACAAUGUUUCACAAAAAGAACCAGAUAAAGGAAAGGAAAUGAAAGAUACAAGCAAUGCUGCUAAUGAAUCUGACAAGCCUAUGGAGGAGGAGAAAAAAGGUUGGGAUCAAAGGGAAAAGACUUCAACUACUGAACAACUUGAAAAGCUUGGAGAUUCUGUCCAGGAUGCUGCAGAAAAAGAAUAUAUAGAGACUAAAAAACUCGAUGGCACUGAUAAAUACCAGCUAGUGAUUAACAUGGUUUGGCUAAAAUGUAAGCAAGUUCUUGACGGUUUGACCACGGGGCUAAGGAAUCCAAGAAAACUUAUUAACUUGGUUUUGGCUGUUUUAUUGUUUGUGGUACUUGCAGUUUAUAUUAGAAAUGUGAUCAGGUCUCCUGGGAAUUACGAGAACUAAGCUUGUGGGAAGUUCGUCCUGAAUGUAAUUUCUAAGCUACAAACAUCACUUGUAUUUGAGAAUCCAUAAGAGUAAUACAUUAAGAGCUUGACAAGUUCAAAUUUCUAGUUGAUUUGGCUAAAAGAAUCUGCCUCUGAUUUCUUAAUGACCGUUCUAACUUUUCCUUCUUUUCCUACCUUUAUGCCGGAAGCAGAAAAAAAUUGUAUCUUCGAAAGAUGUUAAAAAAUAGUUAUACAGC